UACAUACGUAGUCCUUAUUAGACUCACAAAGUCAGUGCACAUACCACAAGCCGCCUCGUCUCGAUGUAUGCAAAACACAUCUGAGUUGAGCCGCCUAUCUGGAAUUAGUUCUUUUCUUUUGGCCUCCCCGGGAAGGGUGGGAUUGGUUUAAAACACCCAGAACAUGUCCUUCACAUCCAUCCCCGUGCUCGACCUGGCCCUGGCCGAUGACCCGGCCACCAAGCCGGCCUUCCUCGGGGACCUACGUGCGGCCCUGCUGGAGGUCGGGUUCCUCUACAUCAAGAACGUGGGGAUCCCGGCUGAGCUGUUCGAGAGGGUCAUCUCGCUGGGCAGGGCAUUCUUCGACAUCCCGAUGGAGGAAAAGCUCAAGAUCGAAAUGAAAAACGCCCCCUCCUUCCUGGGAUACAGCCGCCUCUCGGCCGAGAUAACAGCAGGCAGGACGGACCACCGCGAGCAGAUCGACCUGUCGACGGAGCACGCCCCGCCGGGCCCCGGCGCGCCGCGGCACCACAACCUGCUCGCGCCCAACCAGUGGCCCGCCGAGGCCGCGCUCCCGGGGUUCCGCGCCACGUACGAGGAGUACAUGCGGCGCAUGGCGGACGUGUCGGUGCGCUUCACGCGGCUGGUGGCCGAGGCGGUCGGGCUGGCCCCGGGCGCGUUCGACAGGUUCGUCGCGGCGCCGGGGCAGCAGCACAAGCUCAAGAUCGUGCGGUACCCGGACGCGGGGGAGCUGGGGCUCGAGGGUGGUGGUGGCGAGGUGAGGGGCCAGGGCGUCGGCCCGCACAAGGACUCGAUGCUCACGAGCUACCUGCUGCAGGCGAGCCACCACGCGGGCCUGCAGGCGCAGAACACGCGCGGCGAGUGGGUCGGCUGCCCGCCGCUGCCGGGGACGCUGGUCGUCGCCGUCGGGCAGGGCAUGGAGGCGCUGACGAGGGGGGUGUGCGCGUCCACGACGCACCGCGUGCUGAGCCCCGCGCGCGGCGAGGGCCCGCGCUUCUCGGUGCCCUUCUUCCAGGGCGUGGCGCCCGACACGGCGUUCGAGGACCUCGAGGGGGGCGGGGGCGUCGGCGAGGUGCCCGCCGAGGUGCGCCGGCUGCGCGACGAGGUGCUCGCCGGCUGCGGCGGGCGGCGGCUGGAUGAUGUCGAGUUCACCUUCCGCGGCGGGGGCGUGGCGCGCACCCUGGGCGAGGCGACGCUGCGGAACCGGGUCAAGAGCCACCCUGAUGUUGGGGAGCGGUUCUAUCCGGAUAUACUGGCGCAGAUUAGGGAGGAGCAGGCGAAUGGUGGUGGUGGUGGUGGUGGUGAUAGUGGCACGGGUGCUCAGGCCAAGGCUGUGAGGGCGCACUAG